AUGGCAGCCCCAGGCGAAUCUUAUUUUGCAGCCUCUCCAUCAAAUCCAAAGCCUUAUAUUUCCUAUGGCUUGGCAUUUGAAAAAGCUUACCGAGGCCUUUACGGCAUUCUUCCGCAUACUCCUUUAGAGGAUGUGCUAGCCCUGGCGGAUGAUCUGAAUGCAAAGAGCCCAGAUCUCAUUAUUACUCUUGGGGCGGGGUCAAUCUCAGAUGGCGUCAAGCUAGCUCGCCUCUUCGCAGCGAACGGGGUAUCGGACACGCAAAGAGCCUACGAGAUCUUCGACAAAUGUAUCCAGGAUCUCACUAACCUAGUCACGACCGCCGUCGGCGUUAAGCCGACGACUAUUCCUCUCGUUAAUGUGCCGACGACCCUGUCUGCCGGUGAAUUUACUCUGGCCGGCGCGGCAACAAAUAUGCGGACAUUCGAAAAGAGGAUCCUGACCCACGAGUCCGUAAUAGCCGACAUUGUAGUGUUGGACCCCGCGCUAACAGUGUCGACGCCAGCGCGCUUCUGGCUUUCAACCGGAGUCCGAGCAGUCGACCAUUGCACCGAAGGUCUAUAUGCCAAUUUACCUCACGCGAGCCCGGAGUUGACCGCCGAACUUGCCAGCGCCCUCCGGAGCCUGCUGGCGGGCUUGCUGAAGACCAAGCAGAAGUGGGAUGAUCUUGAUGCGCGUUUGCAGACACAGCUCGCGCUCAAGACUGCUGUUAAAGCCAUAACCUGCGGCAUGGGCGCUAGCCACGGUAUAGGACACCAGCUUGGUCCGAUGGGUGUAGGGCACGGCGAGACAAGCUGCAUUAUGCUUCCGUUCGUGAUGAAGUAUAACUGGGACCACGGCGACGGAAAAGUCCGGGACUCGCUCCGAAUGGUGGCACCAGCGUUCUUUGACGAGCCAACCGUCGUUGAGGCCCUCGGUUUAAUGGAGGCAGAUAGAGACUCUACCAACCCGGGAGACCUGAUGGCAGCGUUCAUCAACGCCCUAGGAUUGCCGCGGAGCCUAAGCCAGUUCGGUAUCGGAAACGAUAAGUUCGAGCUCCUAGCGGAGAACUCCUUAACUGAUCCGUGUACACUUGUCAACCCGGUGAAGCUUGACAAAGAGAAGAUCGUCGAGAUACUUCAGAUGGCUGCCUAA